AUGUCACACCCACGCAUAGAGGAGGUCGAGGACAGCGACCUUGAGGCCUCGGACCCCUCCGAGGGCGACAUUGACGACUUCGACGACAUCGACAUCUUGCGCCGCGUCGAGCCCAAGACGCCAUCGCAGAUCAACCCCUCCAACAUUCCGUCGACGGCCGCCCCGCGGCCCGGGGCGCCGGGCUCCGAGUUCCAGACGACCACGGACCCGAAGCAAUACGCCGACUUUCAGUGCCUGUAUCCAGUCUACUUUGACGCGCGGCGCACGCGCGCCGAAGGCCGCCGCGUGCCGCGGUCGCUGGCGGUCGAGAACCCCAUUGCGCGCGAGAUCGUCAACGCGUGCGCGGCGCUGCGCCUACCGACGCUCUUCGAGCCGGCAAAGUUCCACCCCAAGGACUGGGCGAAUCCGGGCCGCGUCAAGAUCCGCAUCCGAUUCGGCGGCGAGGCUGGCCGCGGCAAGGACGGUGGCAAGGCCGAGGCGGGCGCCCGACCUCACGGCAUGCCCGACGUCAAGAAUAAGCACCACCUGUACCUCCUCGUGGCCGAGCACCUGCGGGCGAACCCGACGACGGAGAACAGCGCGGCGCUCAAGGCCCGCGUGCAGGGCGCACCCGCGCCGGACCCCAGCAAGCCGUGGCCGAGGCCCGCGGUGCCGCGCGGCUGGAAGAUGGGCGAGCUGCUGCCGUACAUCAGCCCGGCCAUGACGGGCGGCGGCGUCAGCGAGAACCUGUUCAAGGAUAUGAUGAAGGAGAUGCAGGGCGGCGGCGACCCGAUGGCGGCGCUGAUGCAACAGGCCGGCGGUGCGGCCGGUGGUGGGGGAGGAGGCGGCGAGGAGAAGGCGGGCAAGAAGAAGAAGGGCAAGGGCAAGGCUUGA